AUCUGGUGAAGUGCACUUGGAAGGCGUGAAUAUACAGCAUCCUGAGCUGAAUCACUGCACAACCCCUGCAGCCCGCACAGUCCAAUCGGGAAACAACUUGAAUCCCAUUUGUUGCCGCUUGUCCCAAGGGAUCUGCUCGGACAUUGGGCACUGGAGCAGGAGGGGCUAUAAAUUGUGAACAAGGCAAGCGGUAACUUGAAACUAACUUUUCAUUUAAUGCAAGAAAAGUGAGAGGAUUGCGCCCAUAGUACUUUACUGCACUCAUACCAACAUCACUUUGUUCACAGACAGCAUUAUAGUUCCAUUCGUGCUUCACCGUAGUAUUUAGCAGUUCAAGUUCUAGCCUCGAAAUAGAAGAAGCUACAUCCGUUUGAUAAUUCAUUUGCUACGUUUUAGAAAGGAGUAGGACUAUUAACUACCACCACGCGAAUACAAGAAUUGAACCUAGAGUGCCUGGAAAUUCUAGAACUGCAAGCCUUUUCUGUUAACUAUACCGGUUGUAAGUGAAAAUAAAUAAAUAAAAUAAGCAAGUAAAAGAUCGACUUUGGCUGUGGAUCAUUCUUCACGUUCAUAUGCAACGUAGACUAUUGUGUAGCGUUGAAAGUCGCGACUGUUCUAGACUUUUCUGUUUCUUGUAACACUGCUUAACUAAAUCCCAUUACACGUAUCUCAACAACUACAGGAGACAUGGACUUGGCGAGAUCAUCAGAAAAGGUAGCUAAACAGUCUCUCCAGAAUGUUAUGCUCGUCUUUUUCUUGACUCUGACAAUUAUACACCUGUGGAAGUGGUUGCAGCAGCAGUGGACUGGCAAUGGACAGAAGACACUAAGACUCCCUGGUCCUUUUCCAUGGCCAAUAAUUGGCAACGCGGCUCAGCUGGGCAGUGCUCCACACGUGGCUCUAACCCAAAUGGCGAAAUGUUAUGGAAACGUUUUCCAAAUUAAGUUAGGAUCUCAAAAUGUAGUGGUCUUGAACGGUGAAGAUGCAAUUCGGCAAGCUCUCGUCAAAAGAGGGGCAGAUUUUGCAGGCCGGCCUGAUUUUGCUUCCUUCAGAUUUGUAUCUGGUGGGAAAAGUAUGGCUUUUGGUCAUUACAGUGACCUCUGGAAACUUCAGAGGAAGAUCGCACAUUCCACUGUGAAGGCAUUCUCUACUAAUAACCCAAUGAACAAAAAAGCCUUCGAACAACACCUGGUGUGUGAAGCCAGGGAACUAAUCACAGUGAUGUUGCAGAAAAGUCAGAAAUAUGUUUAUUUCUCUCCGGUCCGUGACCUGGUAGUGGCCAACGCCAAUGUUAUGUCCGCGGUCUGUUUUGGCAGAAGGUACAGUUACGAUGAUGAGGAGUUUAAGUCCAUGGUGAACAGAAACGACAGGUUUGGGAAAACAGUUGGGGCUGGCAGUGUUGUUGAUGUGAUGCCUUGGCUGCAGUACUUCCCUAACCCGGUGAGGACAACUUUCCAAAACUUUAAACAGGUCAACGACGAGUUCUAUGAAUUCAUUUACAAGAAGACUAUUGAGCACAGAGCCACCAUUAAACCAGGAUUAACUAGGGAUAUUAUGGACGCAUUUAUUAACAUUAUAGACAGUGGCAAAGCAGUGUCACAGAUGGGCACAGCUCUAGUACACGACCACGUGCCUGCCACUCUUACUGAUAUCUUUGGGGCCAGCCAAGACACACUCUCAACAGCUCUGGACUGGUUAAUAUUGUUUCUCAUCAGGUUUCCAGAUGUCCAAACUAAGAUUCAAGAACAAGUUGAUAAGGUUGUUGGCAGAGAUCGUUUGCCCUGCAUGGAAGAUCAACCAAAUCUACCUUAUGUUUCAGCCUUCUUGUAUGAAUUUAUGCGUUUCAGCAGUUUUGUGCCACUAACCAUCCCCCAUGCUACCACAGGUGACACCUAUUUAGAUCAAUAUUAUAUUCCUAAAAACACAGUGGUAUUUGUCAACCAGUGGUCUGUUAAUCACGAUCCCGUCAAAUGGCCCAACCCAGAAAAGUUUGAUCCCUUAAGAUUUUUGGAUGAGUCUGGAUCUAUAAAUAAAGAUCUUGCAAGCAGCGUGCUCAUAUUCUCAGUGGGAAAGCGCCGAUGUAUUGGAGAAGAGUUGUCUAAGAUGCAGCUUUUCCUCUUUACCACAAUCCUGGCCCAGCAGUGUAACUUUACGGCAAAUCCAGCUGAGGACACGGAAUUUCAUUUUAACUAUGGCUUGACAACUAAGCCAAAACAAUACACGGUCAAUGUGGCUCUCCGUAGCGAUAUGAACUUACUGAAUUCUGCUGUUGAGGAACUCGAAUCAGAUGAACUCAUGAACUCGUAGUGGUGAGAGGCCAACUGUGGAACUGCAGGAGACUAAUAAUAAGCUAAUGCUGGAAUAAAGUCCAUGCCAGCCAACAGUUUGAGCUUUGAAACAAUGCACUUUCAUGGAAGGAAUUUAAACAAACCAAGAAAGUUAAUACUUUGAGAAUCAAAUUUGUAAAAGAAAAGUUUAUGUAUGUAUCUUGCUGGAAUGCACUGAUGUAUAUUUAGUUUGUAUGUGAUACAGAUGGGAAAAUACGGAACUGUGCUUUAAGCUACUUUAUAACAAGUAAUUCACUAGGCAUGAAGGCUGUAAGCUUGUUAAUAUAUUAGUGCCAAAACUGUUUAGCGAUGUAAUAAAUUAUUUUAAAUGGCACAUUGAACCUGAUUAUAUUUGACAGUUUAUCAGUUUGUUGCAGCUCAUUUUGUUAUAAACUGAACUAGAAAAAAGCCACUUUGUGAACUUUUAGCAUGGCUGAAAAUCCCAGAUAUAGUUAUAAAACUAAAUAUAGGCAUUCUUAACUAUAUUUAACUUAUCUUGUGUUUAGUAAUGUUAAAGUUAAUAUAUUUAGUUAGAGGAAAGUAUAGGGAACAAAGCAUCCCAUGUGUGGUGUGCUACAGUCUUUGUUUCACCCCAUACUGUCAUGUAAGUCAAUUUAAGAACUGAUUACCACCAAAGAAGUUUUGUAACCUUUUAUUCUGUGAAUUUGUUUAUUUACAGAGUGACAUUAAAGGUGAACAGCCAGCACCAAAAGCCUAUAAAAAAGGUAGGCUUGCAGCAUACUAUUGGCUUAGACAUUUGUUUUCUCUUAACUUUAUGAGAUGAUAUUUUCCAUACUAGUCACAUAUGUUGGUAUUAGCAUUAUGGAAUCUUGAAAGAAAAAUAUUCUAUAAUGCAGAACUUAAAACCCCAAAUUCAAAGUGUGCCUAACUAAAAAAUGUCUGGUUUUUUUUAAAAAGAUAUCCCUAAUAUACAUGGAUGGAAACUACAGGGGUGGACAGUAAUGCAUCUAGGAUACUAUUUAUGAACAUUUGCACCAUGGAGCAAGCUUGGUGCUCCAGAAACUGGCAUACCGAGACUUAUUGUGAUUCAUGAAAGUAGAACCACAAUGGUGUAAGAUAUUGUAUGUUGUCUUACACCAUUAUGUAGACAUUGUACUGCAUGGGAGUAAUUAUACAACCCCCCCCCCUUCACUAUAUGUAUGCCAUUCAUAAAAUAAAAUCUUUCAGAGUACAAACUGGUCCUACUGGAGUGGCCAACAGGAAUCCAUCUGUAUACAAUCUGAUGGUGCUAUAGAUAGUGUCACUAUGAUCCCUCUCCCCUGCUAAUAUGUAGUUGAGCAAACAUAACCGAGUAAUGCAUUAUCAUCAUACUAACAAACAAACUUAAAAAAAAAAUCAGUAGUACGGUAGGAAUGUUUUUACCCACAACAGCAUUCCUUACAUUGCAGGUAAACCUCCUAAUGCAAUGUAAUUGCCACCCCCCCCCCACACACAUACACAGUGAUACUGCUUAUCUCCCAUCAGUGGGAACUCAUGGGAUAGUCAUCACCUCAUUACCAUUGUGUGGUAAUUACCACCAGUCUAUCAGCAUGGCCAAGAAGAGAACUAUUUUAAGAACUGCUGAAGGCAUGACAGCAGACCACAGUACAACAGUGACAGGCAGUUCAGUAAGGUAUGUUGUACCUUGCUUAGUGGCUACAUGUAGUUACACAGUAAUCUUACUUAGUACCUAUAUAUAAUUACUUAGUAAGGUACAAGAUACCUUACUGAGCUGCUUGUCACUGCUGCGCUGUGCUGUGUAAUGUAGUUACAUAGUAACCUUACUUAGCACCUACAUAUAAUUACUUAAUAAGGUACAAGAUGUCAUACAGAACUGUCACUGCUGCGCUGUGCUGUGUAAUGCUGUCAUGCUGCACAGUGCUUCCCUGCAUCCUGAGCACAAGAGCACUCAAACCACGGUAGGGUAAUAGGCACUCUUGUGUUAUGUUCGUGAAAACAGAAUGGCUUUUGACGCCAUUGCAGACUACACUGUUCCACAUUCAUGAAAUGUGGCACUCCGCAGUCAUACUCAAGACACACUCUGACAGAUGCAUGUAUACAUCUGUGAGGUGUGUCUGUGAAUACCUGGGCUAGAGUCUGGUUAACCACAAGGCAUGCUUACUUAAUGAUGUUACUUCCUGUCUUAUUAAAACACUCUUCUUGGAUUAUUGUGAUCUCAUCUUGAAAAUAUAUAAGGUUCAGGAUAGAACAGGAGUGACAGAGUUCACUUUCCCCAACAAUAUGCUUGUCUGUUACAGGUACUUAGUGUCUUUCUGUAAGAUGCAACAUUUUUUUUUCUGUUGUGCUUGUAACGUUAGUCAGUAUUGACCAUCAUUCCUUUCUUUAGGACUUUUUCAGUUUCAGCUGUCUUCAUUGUUGAGUUUUGCAUCUUGCUAUUGCAGUGUAAAUUGUCAUUAAUGGCAAUACCAACUGGGUAGAGUGGGGAAGAUUACCAAAGCAUGAAGGCUAAGUGCUUAUCUAGGUAUUUCUGCAUAACAUACUUUUAUCAAACAGGAUCACUACUUGAGGGAUUUUAUACCUUUUCUUGAGUUGCAGUGAUCACAGAGUUAAUUGUAUUAUGUCUGGGAUUAAGGGAGGGUGGAUUUUGCCUUGAUGGUCAAGGUGUUUACCUCACAGACACAAAGGACAGGUUUGAAUCUCACCCUUGGUUACAGUCCAGUUAUUGGCUAGACAUGUAAUAGUCUACAGAUUUAUUGCCUAGUAUUUACCUAUGAACCCAUUAACAUGGGGAAAAGCCUCACCCUGGACAAAAAAAAAUAUAUAUAUAUAUAUAUAUAUAUAUAUAUAUAUAUAUAUAUAUAUAUAUAGGCAAAUCAACUACUUUGCAUUCAGUGGACUUGCUUUUAUAGAAAUGUGGUGUUGAGGAAAUAGUGUGGAAUCCUUGGAUGAAGCAAGAUAAGUUAGUUUAGCAGACUUACAGACUACUGAAUGUCUGAAUUUAGACAACACAAAAGUAUGUACUUGCUAUGCUAAUGAGUGCAUCAGAACUUUUUUUGUCCUAUGAAACUUAAAUACAGUGGUCCCAGUUUGCAAUGUAAGUAUUGUUUGGUACCUAGUUCCAAAUGCUACCAGCCCUUCAUUUUGGUAUGAUUUCUUAGUGCUGAUCUUCCUUAAUUUCUUAUAGUCUCUCUCCACAUAAAUGUAUGUGACACCUGAUGAAACUCUGAGCUUCCAUUUUGUAUGCCUUCAUUAAUUCCAUUUGUUAUGACCAUGUAUAAUACGAUGACAUUCCUGUGUGAGUUUUGAGUAUUGGGAAAUGGGAUAAGAAUAGUGAAAUGUGGAGGGGUAAAGUACAGAUGUCAAUUUUACAAGCAAAAGGAGAUAAUGAGUGUACUGGGAAACCAGUAAUUACCUCUGGACCUUUUCUGUGCAAAAUAUAACACCUACAAACAUUUGGACACUUUGCUGCUAAAACUCUUCAUGUUAGAUUUGUAAAGGAUAUGUUUAUUUUCUCUUAUUUAUAAGGAUAUGUUUAUGUUCUCAUAUUUGUUUUCUUAGUACUUAUUCUGUUCUAAAUUAUACAUUCACUUUGCUAAACCUAGAUAGAACAUCAGUUUUACUCCAUACUCAGAAUAUAUCUGAAGUAAGGGCAUUGUUGCUCUGCAUUCAGCUAUUUGAGUAGCGUCCCAGUUAUAUGAGAGUUUAAUAGACAGGUGUACAAAAAUAAAUAGUUUCAAGACAACCAUAACUACUAUUAUAAAAUUAAUGAAGCCAUGCAAAUACAAAAAACAUUGCUUCACUUCAAGGACCUUUUCUUUAGCUAACAGUUAUAGUAUGUGCACCAACGCACAUACUGUACUUGUAAACUAUCUAAAAUAAAUAGAUUGGAGUUUCACUGCACAGGUAUCGAAUAGCCCAUAUGCAAUGAAUAAUCUGAAAUACACUUUAAUGCAGAUACUGCAAUAUACCUGCCAUUUUGUUAAUACUGCACUGCCAUUUAUAAAUGACUUUACGUACAAGACAUAAUGCCAUUGUCAAACAUAGUACUGUGUUCAUAUUACAUUUUUCAUGGGGAACAGUUUAAGAAUCCGUUCUGAAAUUCUUGCAAUUAUUUUAUUUACUACCUCAUUUAUAAAUUUAUUUAAAUAACUGGAAACUGAAUCUGAACCAAAAAAAAAAUAUCUGGAAAACAGACAACAGCUGCAUUGCAAUAGGGAUUAUUGUUAGUUGAAUUUUUGGAUAUCUGUCCUAUAAGUUGAGUUCCCCUUAUGUUUUAAAUAUUGUUUCUGUGGUACAAACUUAAGGCAUUUUUCUAAAUAAUUUAACAGUACUACAGAGUGUAGAAGAGUAUUGCCUUAUUUUAUUUAGAGGAAGCUUAACCUAGUUGGAAUUAUAGAGGUAUACUAAAGGAUAGACUUGCACGGACAUGUGCAUGUAUGUGCUGAUGUGUUAUUAGACAGGGCACCCAUAACUCUACUUUCCUGAAGCAAUACUUAUGGUUACAAGGCUGUCUCAUUACCUCUGAAAGCAAGGAAACUCAAAACAUACGUCAGUCAUUGUACCGCCAUAAGUAAUAAAUGCACUGUUCCCUUAUUAUUAUUUAGCCAUAGAUUCUCUGUGUCAGAGACCGGACCAGGAUUUAAACAAAUUUGUGGUUUCUUAAAGCUUUUUUUUUUUUUUAUGUGCUUAGUGAAUAGUGUAUUGUUACACUAACAAGAAUAGUCCAUGCAAAACAUGUAAUAUAGGCAAGUGCUAUGACAGAUUAUGGAUUCUAUCAUUACCUCUAAUAGGUUUUACACGCCACAUCAUUUACCUUUGCUUGUCUUCUCCAUCAGACCUAAAAACAGAAAUUUAUAUUAUUAGAAAUCACUAGGCAUGCUAACAGUUCAGAAUUAUUGCAUUUACACUUCCAUGGUGAUUUGUUAGCCACGCAUUUUAAAACAUCUGUUAUUGCUGUAUGUAUUAGCACUGUGAAAUGAACCAUGUUUACUACUGCAUCUGAAGAAGUAAUUAUGUAUCAGUGGCCUGCUUAUUUAACUUGUAUUAUCGCAUUAUAUUUAUAAUUGUAUGGCUGCUUUUAUAAAAAAUGCGGCCUGUUCGUCAGUGUAAAUACAUUCUGUAUUUUAUACAUUUUUAAGUAUCAAUGCACUUUUAACCUGUUGUUCAGUCAAAUGGACAUACUUAUUUGAGAGUUUCCUCUUCUUAUUCUGCAAAAUAAAUAUAUCUGUUGCAGAACAGAGUAGUCUCAGGUGCUGACAUGGACACAGGCUCCAGAACUUAGCAUACAUCUGUGAACUAUUAUAAUAUACUGUUAUGCAUAUUCUGUGCUUUUUCAAUCUGUAAAAAAUGUGACUUUCCAUAAUUAAAUGUAGAAGUUGUUUCAUUUUUAAUAAAAUA